AUGUGGGCCGCCCCGGCCCCGGCCGCGCCCGCGCGCGUCGGGCGCGGGGCGCGCCCUGUGGGUGGCGCGCUCAUCUCGGGAGGAGGAAGAAAGCAGGAGGAGGAGGAAGGGAGGAGGAGGAAGAAGAGGAAGGAGGGCACGGAGAGAAAUGCCUGGCGUCCGUCCGAUCCAUCGGACCAGGCAGCGAACCUGCGGAGCCCGCCCUAUCCACCACUGCUCCUCCCCGCUGCGCAAUUGUUCAAUGCGAGCGCUGCUCGCCUCUCUCACCGCCUUGAUAAAACCAUGCGCCCUCACUGCGGUGAUUGA